AUGUCGUCCGACUCGAUCUCGUUCCUCCUCAACUGGCACGCGACGCCGUACCACGCCCCGAUCUUCCUCGCUCAGCACCACGGCUUCUUCAAGGACGAGGGCGUCAAGGUCGCCAUCCUCGAGCCCAACGACGCCUCGGACGUGACCGAGCUCAUAGGUCGUGGGUCCGUCGACAUGGGCUGCAAGGCGAUGGUCCACACGAUCGCGGCCAAGGCGCGCGGCUUCGGCGUGACGAGCAUCGGCACGAUCCUCGACGAGCCGUUCACGGGCCUGCUCUACCUCAAGGGCGGCGUCGAGGGCCACCCGCACGACAUCGAAAAGGACCACUUCACCUCGCUCAAGGGCAAGCGCGUCGGCUACGUCGGCGAGUUCGGCCGCAUCCAGUGCCUCGAGCUCGCGCAGAAGCACGGUCUCGUCGAGGGCCAGGACAUCGAGUUCGUGCGCUGCGGCAUGGACAUCAACGGCGCCCUCAUCGACGGCCGCAUUCACGCGGGAGUCGGGAUCGAGAGCGUCAACGGCGUCGAGCUCGAGCAGUGGUGCGACAGCGUCGGCCGCCCCACCUCGGACGUCAAGCUCAUCCGCAUCGACGAGCUCGCCGAGCUCGGCUGCUGCUGCUUCUGCUCGAUCCUCGUCAUCGUCAACGACAAGUUCCUCGCAGCCAACAAGGAGAAGGUUGCCGCCGUCAUGCGCGCCCUCAAGCGUGGCGCCGACCUCCUGCACAAGGACCCGGCCCAGGCGUGGCUCGACCUCCAGCACGUCAAGAAGCAGUUCCGCAACCGCGUCGGCGACGACAAGCCCAACUUCUGGGCCAAGAUGUUUGAGCGCUGCUACCCGUUCAUGAGCCGCGACCUCGUCAACGUCGAGCGCGACUGGCACAAAGUCACCAAGUACUGCCAGCGCAUCGAGGUGUGCGACGAGGGCUUCGAGGCCAACUACACGAACGAGUUCGUCCAGUGGGAGCACGAGGCCCAGCCUGUCGACCCCGAGGCCAACCAGGUCGCGCUCGUGCGUCCUCCUCUUCCUCUCUCGCGUCCUCUGUCGCCUCCUCCUCCUUCAAUGCCCCUCGACUGA